UGCUUUUAUUGGAUCUGCUGCUGUCAAGCAGCGCUGAAGGACUGGAGAAGACGAGGAGCAGAGGAACACCAUUAUUCCGCCGCUUUUCUGCCGUGUUUCGGCUCUGAUCCGCUCCGCGACGCGCUCGGGGUCGAGUCGGAGAAGUGGAGGGCGCAGACCGGGGGUUUGUUCGCGCGGAUCCGAGCGGGUUACCCGCAGACAGUGUGACAGCCUCAAGCCGACAUCUCUUUCCGUUUUUCUGCGUGUAGAAGAGGAGAACUCGGAGGCCGUGUGAUUCUCCCUCCAGCGCUUUUCUCCUUCUCUUCUCACACCAACGGUUUUUCCCUGUCCGUCUCGGACGCACGCACGCGCGCGCGCGAGCACACCGCCUCGGAAACUGCGCGUGUUUGGGUGUAAAAUGUGGUUUUGGGUGAAUAAAGGCGCAGGAUUAAUCCGCCGCAGUCAUGCUCACGGAAGAUUCUCGCCUGUUGAAACGCUGUGAAGCGCACAAGAUCUCCUCCGUCUCUACAAGCUGAUCUCUCUUCAGAUUUCAGGGUGGAGUAAACAAACACAAACAAGAAGAACAACAACAAAACAUCCAGAUAAAUAAAACAAGGCCAAACAUGGAUCAAACUCCGGCCUGGAACUAACUACAAGACCACAUUUCUCCCUUUCUUUCUUUUCUUUUCUUUUCUCUUCUCUUCUCUUCUCUUCUUUUUUUAAGAAGGAGGUUACAGUGCCAUCAUGACGGAGUGGUGGUGAUGGUGAUGAUGGUGAAGAAGAAGAUGAUGAUGAUGGUGAUGGUGAUGUGGAAUGAAGUGGGUUUGAUCUAAAAUGGAGCUCCAUGGAGUUUGAGCGCGAGAGGAAAUCUGUUUCCUGGUCAGGGGGGUGGGAGGGGAAAGGAAGAUAGACUAUUAUUAUUAUUAUUAUUAUUAUUAUUAUUAUUAUUAUUAUUAUUGUUACUAUUAUUAGUAGUAGUAAUACCAUCAUUGAUUAUUAUUAUUAUUAUUAUUAUUAUCAUUAUUAAUGCAUACAAACAGGGAAAUAAAGGACAAAAAGAGAAGGAGAAGAAGAAGACAAUGAAGUGAAGAACGUGAUGUUCCUGGCCUGAUUUGGAGAACUUAUGUGGAGUAUCUAAAGGGCCUUCCAGGUGGAUGUAAAAAUAAAAAUUUAAAAAAGGAACAAGAGGAGAACGUGACCAGGCCUGGGCUGGAGGAGAAGAACUGAACGAGAAGAGCUAACUUGCCUGGCCUGGUUUGCAGAACUUUGUAGAUGCUGAGUAUCUAAAGGGCCUUCUUAGUGGACUUCCGGCGGCGAAAAGAAGUAGAGGAACAAGUGGAGAACAUAACAGGCCUCAAGUCAAAGGGAAGAAGAAUAAGAAGAUUUAAAAAAGAGGAGAACGUAUCUCGGCUUGGAUUGGAGGAAUUGAGAAGAUCGAGAAGCGGCCUCACGCGGAGAACUAAAAAGAUUUUUUUUUAAAAGAGUUCAAAAGAUAACGUGCCUGGUCUGGUUUGGAGAUCUUAAUACCUAAAAAGCUUUCUAUGAGGACCUAAAGAAAGGACAUAACGGGCCCGGAAAAAGAAAGGAGGAGUGGAGGACCCGAGUGAAAAAGAAAGACCUAGCUAGGCGUCCUGGCUUGGAGGACAUAACGAGACGAGAAGAAGAGGAAGAAGCGGGAGUGAAGCAUGGGCUGUGCUUCCAGCAUCCAUAUCUCGGAUCGGGUGGUGUAUCACAGUGGAAAAGAGUCAGAAGACUGCCCCCCACACUCCCCCCCGCAGGGCAACAACACCCAGAACUGCCCCAUCAAGGCCUCUGAGUACAAGAGCUCACUGACCGAGGUACAGUUUGGACCAAUGAAAUUAUAUGAAGAUCAGAUUCAGGUACUGUUGGUGUUCAGUAGAGAGGACAGUCAGAGCGGGGGUUUCAGCAGUGCGUGUGAGAAGGCGGGGUUUAAGUUCAGCAUUGCUCGGUCACCUGACGCUGCGAUGCACUGCUUCCUGGAGAAACACCAUGACAUCAUCAUCAUCGACCACCGACAUUCCAGAAACUUCAACGGAGAGCAGCUCUGCCGCUCCAUCCGUGCUCUCAGCUCCUCUCAGAACACUGUUAUUGUUGCUGUUGUGAAAAGGCCGGAUCGUGAAGAAGCCACUGUGAUGCCUCUCUUGUCUGCUGGAUUUAACAGGCGCUAUAUUGAGAACUCCAAUGUGAUGGCGUGCUACAAUGAACUCAUCCAACUCCACCACGGAGAGAUCCGUGCUCAGAUUAAACUCAGAGCCUGUAAUGCCAUUUUCACAGCACUGGAGCAGAGUCAGGACGCUAUUGAGAUCAGCAACGAAGACCAGCUAAUACAAUAUGUGAACCCAGCGUAUGAGAGUGUGAUGGGAUAUCAGCAUGGGGAGUUAAUGGCAAAGGAGAACAUUGAAGUGCCUAAAAGUGAGAGGAACAAACCAGACCUGCUGGAGAGCAUCAACUCCUGCAUCCGCAAGGGCAAGGAAUGGCAGGGUCUUUAUUAUGCCAAAAAGAAGAACGGCGACAGCGUGCAACAGAAUGUGAAGAUCACACCUGUCAUUGGACAGGGAGGUAAAGUCAGACACUAUGUGUCCAUAAACAGGCCUUUAAAUGACAAUAACAAGUCUGAACGGUCAAGUGAGCGAGUCCAGGCUGAAUCACAGACAGACAUUCAGUCCAGUAAACAUAAAGACCGGAGGAAAGGAUCGCUGGAUGUACGAUCAACUACAUCACGAGGGAGUGACGGAAGUUCUCAAAGGAGACACUCCUCUAUGGCUCGAAUUCACUCCAUGACCAUAGAAGCUCCCAUCACUAAGGUGAUAAACAUCAUUAACGCGGCUCAGGAGAGCAGUCCGAUGCCGGUGGCUGAGGCUCUGGACCGAGUGCUGGAGAUUCUCAGAACGACAGAACUCUACUCGCCUCAGCUCGGCACCAAGGACGAGGACCCACACACUAAUGACCUUGUUGGGGGGCUAAUGACGGAUGGGCUGCGCAGGUUAUCAGGGAACGAGUACAUCUUCUCAGCGAAACAGCCGCAUCACAUCCCGAGUCACCUGACCACGCCUCUGUCUCUGAACGACAUCCCGCCUCGAGUCGCGCAAACGAUGGAGAACGAAGAAUCGUGGGACUUCGACAUCUUCAGUCUGGAGGCUGCAACCAUGAAAAGGCCGCUCACGUAUUUGGGGCUAAAGAUCUUCUCGCGGUUUGGAGUGUGUGAGUUCCUGAACUGUUCGGAGGCGACGCUGCGCUCGUGGCUGCAGGUCAUCGAGGCUAAUUAUCACGCCAGCAACUCGUACCAUAACUCCACCCACGCCGCCGACGUGCUGCACGCCACCGCCUACUUCCUGUGCAAGGAGCAUGUAAAGCAAAGUCUGGAUCCGAUUGAUGAGGUAGCGGCUCUGAUCGCGGCAACGGUGCACGACGUCGAUCACCCGGGACGAACAAAUUCCUUCCUGUGUAACGCAGGAAGUGACCUCGCUAUCUUAUACAACGACACAGCCGUGUUGGAGAGUCACCACGCCGCUCUCGCCUUCCAGCUCAGCACACGGGACGACAAGAGCAACAUCUUUAAGAACAUGGAGAGGAACGAGUACCGGACGUUGAGGCAGGCCAUCAUCGACAUGGUUCUCGCCACUGAAAUGACCAAACACUUUGAACACGUCAACAAAUUCGUCAACAGCAUCAACAAACCGCUUGCUGCCUUGGAGGAAAAUGGGAGUAACAGUGAUGACGAUGUGAAGGGGAUCCUCACUGUGGCGGAGAACCGGAUGCUGGUGAAGCGGAUGCUGAUAAAGUGUGCUGACAUCUCGAACCCCUGCAGGCCGCUGCAGCUCUGUAUCGAGUGGGCGGGGCGUAUCUCUGAGGAGUACUUCGCUCAGACGGAUGAAGAGAAAAGACAGGGUCUGCCCGUGGUAAUGCCUGUGUUUGACCGGAACACCUGCAGCAUUCCCAAAUCCCAGAUUUCCUUCAUCGACUACUUCAUCACGGACAUGUUCGACGCCUGGGACGCGUUUGCUGAUUUGCCGAAUCUCAUGCAGCAUUUAGACAACAACUUUAAAUAUUGGAAAGGUCUGGACGAACGCAAACUACACAGCCUGAGACCACCGCCGGAGUAAUUCAUCAUCACACACACACACACACAUACACAUAUACACACACACACACACACACAUACACACACUCAGUGAACACUACGGCUCCGUCUCCAGUCUCUCUCUCUCAUGGACUAAAUAAAAGCGUCUCUCUCUAAACCUGGACUUUAUGAUGGUGUGAGACUCGACGCCCCCUGCUGGUUUAAAUGAACACACACUCGGACUACAUGUGUGGCCUUCCUGCGCACGGCUUUACAGGGUGUGUGUGUGUGCGUAUGUGUGUGCAUGUGCGUAUGUGUGUGUGUGUGAAGAGCAUCAGGAAACACUAAGAUCAUCCCACCUCACUCUGAUCCUCUACUCACCCGUUCACUCGUUUGUCUGUUUGUAUUUAUUUUUGUUGUUUUUUUUGUUGUUCUACACUAAUCUUUAAUGAUGCGAGUGAUUUGUAGCUAAACCGAUGAAUCUCAGAAGCCAAAGCUGAUUAACACGCACGAACAAUAAUCCUACGACUCAUGUCAUUACCAUCAAGGUGUCUGUUGUUUUAACGGAACGGCGUUACUUCCUGUUGCACUGUAGAGGGUUGGGCAUGUGCCGAUCGAUAGACGAUGUAUAUCACGUUAUUCAACACGCACAAUAUUAUCUUUAAUAAUUAUCAUUCAGGAGGAGGCUGUGCAGGUGUAGAGAUAAGGUUCUCCUCUAAAGGGCCUUAGUUAGGAGAUUGUGAGAGCAGCAGGUGUGUGUCCCUCAGAGAAGGCAAUUCUCUUCUCUUGUUUUUCUUUUGAUUUCCUCUUAUUUUUUCAUCUUUCCUUCUUUCUUUCUUUGUUUUUUUUUAUUUGCUUUUCAUCAUUUUAUAAAAUGUUCUGUCUACGUUUUUCAUUUCUUCACUCUUUCUCUGUUUUGUUUUCUUUUUAUUUCUUUCUAUUGUUCCUUUUUCUUUGUGUUUAAAGAACCUGGCAGACAGAGUGUUGUAGUUCCUGUAGGGUCCUGAUUUGAUCCAAAUACCGUCAUUAAACGUUUAGGCGUUUAUUAUGAUAUGAAUUUGAUAUCGGCACAUGCCUAAUCAGAUGUGAACGAUCGAUGGAGUGUGUAUGUUUUUUUUGUGUGUGUGUGUGUGUGUGUGUGUGUGUGUGUGUGUUUGGGUGUGUGUGUGCGCGCGCGUGUGUGUCUCCAGAGCCUCAUGGGAAGGCAGAGUGUUGCAGCAUGGCGAGAAUCUGUGAAACGUGAACCGUGUUUUGGACUUGAAUGAUUUUUUUUCCCGGCGAGGGUUUUUGUAUCUGGUUUAUCCUACUGAAGAGACUGCCUUAUUUUAUACGCUAUUUAUACAGCACAGCCCACUGUCUCACUGCAUUGGACACCUGUCUCACUGCGGUGGACACCUGUCUCACUGCAGUGGACAUCCGGACACGUUUGUAAUAACACACCGCUGUUACAGAACGCUGAGUAAAGCUCCAUAUUUUUGUAUAGACUCUGAAUUUUACACUGGAAAAAACACGAGCAGCAGCCGAGGAGGAAGAUGAGGAUGGUGAUGGGUCACGAUGACGAAGACGACGACGAUGAUGAUGAAGCUACAUGGAUCUGUGUGACAUGUUAAAGGUGUAAAGCAAAAUUUUAUUCUGAAAUGCAGAAUAUAAAGGAGUUUUCUCUCA